AUGAAUGACGAGAAGCUCCACAAAGUGCUGAAGAAGCUGAUGAAGGAUGAGAAAGAGUUGGAGAAGUUGAAAGCUGACAUCGAAGAAGAAAGAACUUCCUGGAAGAAUCAAAUACAGUGGGAGACAGAAAAUGUCCAGACGGUGUUUAAACAACUGAGAGUCACCCUGGACGCUGAGGAGAACAGGCACCUGGAGAAACUGACUAAAGAGGAGGAACGGAUUCUGAAUAGCCUGGCAGAGUCUGACAAGGAGCUGACCCAGCAGACCCAGCUGGUGAGAGAGCUCAUCUCAGAUGUGGAGCGUCGGCUGGAGGGGUCAGUGAUGGAGAAGCUGCAGGAGGUGAAGGACCCCAUGGAAAGGAGUAAGUCGUUGACUCCGAAGAAACCAAAAACUUUUCCCAGGACAAAAAGGAUGGUGCUCCAAGCUCCCGAUCUGAAAGGGAUGCUACAGAUGCAUGAAGAGCUGAUGGAGGUCCAACGCCACUGGGUUUCCGUGACAUUGGCUCCAAGCAACAAUCGAUUCAUUGGCAAUCGUGCAUUUUGGAGAAAUGGUAGACUUAUACAAGCAAAUGAUCUUUUCCAGACAUGGAAUUCUCACAGUGGCUUCCUGGGCACCCCAGCUAUCACAUCAGGGAAGCAUUACUGGGAGGUGGAUGUGACUAAGUCUUGUGACUGGUUCCUGGGAGUAAGUGAGGGAAGGUACCUCAACACCACAUUCAAGGACAGUGUUUCAUGUUAUCAACCUAAUUCGGGCUACUGGGUCAUAGGGCAGCAGAAUAACGAUAACUAUAAAGCUUUUGAUGAGAGUUACACCUCUGAUCCCUUGACCUUGGCCCUUUCCCUGACUGUGCCUCCAAAACGUGUUGGAGUUUUUCUAGACUAUGGGGCUCGUACCGUCUCAUUCUACAAUGUGACAAACCAUGGCUUUCUCAUCUAUAAAUUCUCCAACUGUUCCUUUUCUGGUAAUGUUUUUCCAUUUUUCAGUCCUAGGAUGUCUGUAGUACCUGUGCCAUCCUGUGAGCCAAGCGUUUGAACUUUCUUCUACCCUCUCUCUCUUCUGUGCCCCGCCUCUAGCUGAGGUGUGCAUGUCCUGCCCCCAAGGAGGCCUGCUCCGUUUUCACCGCUUUGCCUGCUGUCUCCUGCUCUUCCUUUUGGGGCCUUCACUCACAGUAGGGUGUACAAAUGCUCUGGUGCCAUGUUCUUCCCGAUAGCUCAUUUGCUCAGGAGAGAAUCUUCAUGCAGCCUUUCUGAUACUCUGAAGGGAUUGACUGAUUCCUCAUUAAGAAAAACCACUGUUGAGGUUAACCACGGUGCCAGAUCUUUAUAGCCCCUUUGUGUGGCACUGAUAAACGAUCAAGGGAGGGAGGGGCAUUUAGCUCAGGUUCUGCCUCCUGCCUCACAAGCACAAGGACCCGAGUUGGAUCCCUGGUACCUCCCCCAAAAUAAUAAGGGAAGUCUUCAACCAAUUUUCUGUGUAUUGGAGACUAUAUAUAUUAUGGAGAUUUCUAUGUAUUGUGCGUAGGAGUUUCUCAGGAAAGAAUGAGCCCUUAGCAGUGCAGUAUGUCACUCUGACCAGGAUGCUUCUUACUCAUCCAAGGAUGAGGAAGAUAGUAUCAUCAUGGAAUGCAGGGAGAUUAGAUCUUUUGCAAAUGGGAUGGGACUAAGAGGUGGAGGCAGGGGGAUGAGAGAAGAGAGGA